UGCCCUCCGUUGUUCAUUCAACAUGGCAGCGGGACCAAUUUCUGAAAGAAAUCAAGAUGCCACUGUGUAUGUUGGCGGCUUAGAUGAGAAGGUGUCUGAGCCGUUACUAUGGGAGCUGUUUUUGCAGGCUGGUCCUGUGGUCAACACACACAUGCCCAAAGACAGGGUCACAGGCCAACAUCAAGGAUAUGGGUUUGUGGAGUUCCUCAGUGAAGAGGAUGCUGAUUACGCCAUCAAAAUCAUGAACAUGAUUAAGCUCUAUGGCAAGCCGAUUCGAGUUAAUAAGGCCUCAGCACACAACAAAAACCUGGAUGUGGGCGCAAACAUCUUCAUCGGUAACCUCGACCCAGAGAUCGAUGAGAAACUUCUCUACGACACAUUCAGUGCCUUCGGGGUGAUCCUCCAAACACCAAAAAUCAUGCGAGACCCAGACACCGGCAACUCCAAGGGUUACGCUUUUAUCAAUUUCGCCAGCUUUGAUGCAUCAGACGCCGCCAUCGAGGCCAUGAACGGCCAGUACCUCUGCAACCGGCCCAUUACAGUGUCUUACGCCUUCAAGAAGGAUUCCAAAGGAGAACGUCACGGCUCGGCCGCAGAGCGACUCCUGGCAGCCCAAAACCCUCUGUCCCAGGCAGACAGGCCACAUCAGCUGUUUGCAGAUGCACCGCCACCACCGAGCGCUCCGCCACCGGUCCUGACCACACUGGGAGCUGGGAUGCAGAUGCCUGGCAUGCCGCCUCCUGGUGCUUUCCCUCCUGUUCCCCCUCCGGGCUCGAUGCCUCCUUCGAUGCCCCCGAACAUGGCCAUGCCUCCAAACGCAGGGAACCCACAACAGGGUGGUGGACCUCCACCUGGACCACCGCCUUUCCCUCCUGGCAACAUGCAUCCAGGUAUGGCUCAGAUGGGCAUGCCACCUCCUGCUCCUCCUGGCAUGGUGCCUCCACCUCCUGCGCCUCCAGGAUCAAAUCAGUCACGGGCACCGCCGCCCCCCGGCAUGCCCCCACCCCCACCUAUGGGCAUGCCACCCAGAGCACCGUAUGGACCUCCCAUGGGUCACCCUGUGCCUCCAGGUAUGAGAGGGCCUCCUCCUAUGCCUCCACCUGGCUAUGGUGCUCCUCGUCCUCCUCCCUUUGGCUUCCAGAGAGGUCCCCUCAUGCCCCCAAGGCCCCCCGGUGCCCCACCCAGGGUUCCUAUGAGGGCCCCAAUGCCACCGUAAUCUUUCUCAGACUCCAAAAAUGGGCUCUCAUUUUUCUUUCUUCUUUUUUUAUUUUUUAAACAUCUUUAGAUCUACUCAAGUUCGUAAAUUGUGAGACUAAUUUAACCACAUGUUUGUAUUUUUUUGGGUCACUGUACAGACGAAAGACCUUUUUGACAAAUAAACCUUUUAGUACAACUUUUGGAUGUUUUUCUAAAUAAUUUGUAAUAAUUAGUUGUAACUCAUUAUGGUUCAGAUGUGUCCACUUUGGUAUAGAAGUGUUAAAUAUUAAAACGUUCAAGGAAAAGCUGACAUAGCAGAAAUGUAGCCUUUGCUGUGAGACUCAGGGGUAGUUAUGGAGUCUGUGCCAAGACACCAUAUACAUGGCCCAGCAGUUUAUUCAAAAUAAAAGGGCUCAUUUUAUGUGGAGAGUUAAAUUACUAUGUUCAUUUCUAACAUUGGAUAAUAACUAUAUUUCAUUGAGGUGUGCCAG